AUGGCGGUGGAAUACGAAUGUUGCAGUAGCGGGUUCUUCAUUCAUAUAGCGCUGAUCGUGCUGUUGGUGCUGUUCGCUGGGCUAAUGUCUGGCCUCACCUUGGGGCUCAUGUCCAUGAGCCUCGUCGAUCUCGAGGUCCUCGCCAAGUCCGGCACCCCCAAGGAUCGCAAAUACGCCGCGAAGAUAUUGCCUGUUGUAAAAAAUCAGCAUCUGCUGCUCUGCACCCUACUAAUUUGCAAUGCUGCUGCAAUGGAGACACUUCCUAUUUUCCUAGAUGGUCUGGUAACAGCUUGGGGUGCGAUCCUAAUUUCAGUGACACUGAUUCUUCUGUUUGGUGAGAUUAUACCACAAUCUAUUUGUUCCCGAUAUGGUUUGGCGAUAGGUGCAACAGUGGCUCCAGUUGUGCGCAUUCUUGUCUGGAUUUGCAUUCCUGUUGCAUAUCCAAUUAGCAAGCUAUUGGACUUUCUGCUGGGCCAUGGACAUGUAGCUCUAUUUCGCAGAGCUGAGUUGAAAACACUUGUAGAUAUGCAUGGUAAUGAGGCUGGAAAAGGUGGAGAGUUAACACAUGAUGAGACAACAAUUAUUGCCGGAGCACUUGAGCUCUCCGAGAAAACAGCUAGUGAUGCCAUGACGCCUAUAGCCGAAACUUUUGCAAUUGAUAUCAAUGCCAAGCUUGACAGGAAUUUGAUGAACCUAAUAUUGGAGAAAGGACAUAGCAGAGUUCCUGUUUAUUAUGAGGAGCCUACAAACAUAAUUGGACUCGUCCUGGUCAAAAAUUUGUUGACGGUUAAUCCAGAAGAGGAAGUGCCUGUAAAGAGUGUCACUGUACGCAGGAUUCCAAGGGUUCCAGAAACAUUGCCGUUAUAUGACAUAUUGAAUGAGUUUCAGAAAGGUCACAGCCACAUGGCUAUUGUUGUAAGACGAUGCAAUAAGAAUGUGGAUCAGACCAACGGUGAUCCUGCUGACAAUCCAGUGAAGGAAGUGAAAGUUGACAUUGAUGGUGAAAAGCCUCUUCAAGAGAAGAUUUUGAAGAGCAAAAGAUCACUGCAGAAGUGGAAGAGCUUUCCCAACACAAACAGUGCAAAUAAUUCAUAUAGGACCGGUUCCAGAAGCAAGAAAUGGACAAAGGAGAUAUAUUCAGACAUCCUGCAGAUUGAUGGCGGUGAGCCACUCCCCAAGCUCCCUGAAGAGGAAGAGGCUGUUGGCAUUAUAACAAUGGAAGAUGUUAUCGAAGAACUGUUACAGGAGGAGAUUUUCGAUGAGACUGAUCAUCAGUUUGACGACUCAUAA